UUUUAGUGCUGUCGAAAUUACAAAAAUUCUCUAUUAAAUAUAUCUUUUUCAAGCGCCAUACAUUAUCACGACAUUAAAUGAUUUUAAUACAAUAUUUGGGCGUCUAGCGUGGUGAUAAAAUAUACUUAAAUUUAUUCAGAUUUCUAUUUGAAAUAGGUUCGAGUUCGAAAAAGCAGGAAUGAAAAACGACCCUCGCUCAACAUACAACAUAACAUCAACAUAAAAAUACACGGUUUGUUUGCAUCAAUUUUACGAAAUUAAUUCAACCAUAAAAUAACAUUAGCAUUUAUUUCAACGCUCCAUUCAAGGUUCACCAAAAAAGAAAUCCUCCACUCCAAACAUCAAGAAAUCUGUACAGGGUGACUUUCACACGAUAUGUCACAAUCAUGUUUUGGGAGAAAAACGUCAAACAGCGCGUAAAGAGAAAACAUACACAAUUUGACGCACUUGUACACAGUAUAAAAUAAGCACAGCAAUUUACCUAAUCCUCGAUUAUUCGGCUUGGACCUGUUUGUAUUUUAGUUUAACGGAUAGCAACCUGAUCUAUUGUAAAUCUUUUUCAAAAGCAUCUGUACAUCUGUCCUAAUGAUUUAUAACUACCCUAGCGCAGGAUGGAAUCCAAGGUACUGGAAUACAAAGUAAUGGAAUCCAAGCCAAUGGAAUACAAGGUAAUGGAAUCCAAGCCCAUGGAAUCCAUAACACCAGCCAUACUUCGCCGUCGAAAAAAAACCAUGCUGACAUUAGCGCAAAAGAUUUCCCUUAUCCAUCGGCACGAUGCUGGCGAAACUCCCCAAGACCUUGCCAAGAGCUACCAGAUAGGCGAACAGACUGCCCGCGAUAUUAUAAAGCAGAGAGACAAAAUAUGGAAGUUUGUGCAGAACUGUGAAUCUUCCGAAGGGCCCGUUAAGCGCAAAAGCAUGAAGGUAUCAUCCUUCGAGGAACUGGACGCAAGAAUGCUAAGCUGGUACAAUGAAAACCGAACGGCAGGCAUACCGGUGACAAGUGCGAUGUGUAUCGACCAGGCGAAAUAUCUUCACGAAACCUUAGGCCUUAAGCGUGCGUUCAAUGCAUCGUCGGGAUGGUUGAGUCGAUUCAAGCAACGGUAUGGCAUCUCGGGCGUAUACACCCAUUCGACUGCGAAGGGUGGCAGUACGACCAAUGCAGGAAGGUACUGCUACCAGUUCCAGCAGGUAAUGCAAAACGAAGAUUGGUUGCCGGAUCAAAUAUACAACGUGGACGAGACGGGUAUGUACUGGAACUCGUUACCAUCCAAAUUUGGCAGUACUGGCUCUGAUAUGAAUAUUACGAACGAACGCAUUAUGGUAAUAUGUUGUACGAAUGCUACCGGGACGCACAAGCUAGACCUAACCAUAGUAAUAAAAUCCAAAAAUCCCUGGAACCUGAAGGAAGAAGAACUUCCACAAACCGCCCUUAAUUACUACGAAGCAAAAGGAGGAUGGGUGAGCAAGGAGAUUUUUCGUCACUGGUUCGAGUAUAAAUGGAUUCCGGAAGUGAGGGAAUUUUUGACGAACAAACUUUUACCCCUGAGAGCGAUACUGCUGCUAGAUACGGCACCGUGUCACAUCACCGACACAUCCCUACGGUCGGAAGAUGGUUGCAUGGUUGUAAGGUUCAUGCCAACGGAUGUGGCCAACUUGGUGCAACCGAUGCAGCAGGGAAUUGUAUCACUGCUCAAGUGGAACUACCGGACGGAUCUGCUCAAGCAGUGCCAAAACGACGAUAAGCACGUGAUGCACAGAAAGCUGGAGGAUGCAGCGAUAGGGUUAAAAAAUGCGUGGUCCAAAGUGUUACCCCAGUCGAUCAAGAGCGCCUGGAGCAAGCUGAUCCCGGAUACGGAACAGUACGUGGUGGAAAAUGAAAUCAUACAGGUGACUAACGAUAACGAGUCGUGUGUUGUGAUGAUGGAUCACCAGACUGGUAUGGUGAUGGAUUUUGAGGAUGUGGAAGAAAUUGAAGGUGUAGAGCAAAUAGAAGGUAUAACAGGUGAAGGUGAAGAAAUGGACGACGACAUCCAGGAGGAUCCCGAAGGAGCCGAGGAAGAGAUACAACAGAUCGAAGAAAUAGAGCAUGUUAGUGUGGAACAAUGGUACAACACGAACGAGGCGAUCAUUGUGAAGGAGGAAAACAUGGUAGAGGUAGCGGUCGAAUUUUCCGAGCUGAACGAAAACCCCGACAGUGGUGACAAUUCCGGCGAUGAGGGUACAGAUAAACGGCUCGAACUGCACACGGCACUGACAUCCGUCGAAACGUUGUUGGGGUUUGUCGAUCACCGGGGGCUUGAGAUGGACGACAAGAAGGCUUUCAAACAAAUUCGUGCCGAUGUGCGAAAGUUGAUGAAAAGUUUGGAGUUGAAGAAAAACAAACCUGCCGCUAUUUUAUCGUAGGCGAAGGAUAAAAGUAUCCAAAAUAUCAUAUUGUAAAUAUUUUCAUUUUUUUUUAGAAUCCUGUUUCUGUUUAUGUAUGAGUAAAGUGGUUAUGUUUGAGACGUUUUUUUGCUCUGCAUAUGCUCUGUUUUACGAUCUCCACAUUUUCGUUAUCACACGCUUAAUUGUUUAUCUUAUUCGUACCUAUGCACUACUAAAUUUGGGCUGCAAAUAGCAAUAGUUCCCCACUAAGACACUCCGGUACAAAUUCUUAGCUGAUCUUCUGGUAACGAUCCUAAAAAAUAUUAAUCAAUGGAAGAGACUAGGGGUUUGUAUAAGGUGAGGUAAUAUACUACACGCAGCGGUAGCAAAAUUCCCUAAUGUUAUUAGUUUACUAUAUAUUCGUGCACGGUCUGAAAUAUAAAUAAAGCAAAUUAUUAAUUAUCAGUGCUAAGAGUAA